AUGUCGCUAAUGGGCAGCAGCAGCGGCACCAACAACAUGAUCUCUCGCCUGAAAACCACAACCCUCACCGCCUGUUUCCGGCGAGGCUUCAAAGUGCGACACAGAACUCGCGAUGCAUCACCUUCAUUCACCCUCUUUCUAGCCUUACCCGCGGAGAUCCGAGAGCGCAUCUACGAGGCGUGCUGCGACAACGACCGCAAAAUCCUCGAGGAGCAUUUCAUCUCAGCCAAACCACCGCCGGAACCGGCUGUUGCGUGUGCGUCGCGACAGCUCAGGAAGGAAGCACUGCCUGUGUUCUAUCGGCAUUAUCGAUUUCCCGUCACAUUCAGUUCUGGGACUCUCAUCAACAAUGGCUAUCUUUCCCCAUCGCUGGAGUGGCGUGCGGCGAGGUGGCAUCACCGACUGGACCCUGGCAAGUUGAGGAUGAUUCGGAGGCUGGAGCUACAUUAUUGCUUUGGGAGGUUCCAGGUCGACUUUGAUGCGAGGAGUAAUACUUAUUCUGUCGAGCAGACGGCCUGGGGUUCGAGGAGGCUGGUUGAUGUGCAUCCUACUGAGGAGAAGCAGCAACUAUUGGCGCUUGUGCAGUCUCUUAUUGAUCAUCUUGUUGCGGCCCCGGGAGUUGGUGCUUUUACCGCGCAUGAUUUCGAUCGCUUGGAGCUGGAGGUGGUGCCUGAGCAUGACCAGUCGAAGAAAUUACACUGA